CUUUGAUGCUACAUACAUCUUUUUGUCUUUUCUUCUUUUUCUUCGAGGACCUCGUCUUCCACACUUGACCCCCUCUAGUAGCAAACAACCCCCCCUAUCGCCAAGAAAUCCUGGUGAGCGGACCAUAUAUCUCAGAAUCCGUGUGUCUUUUCUGCCAUGCAAAAAAAAGGGGAUUUACUACGGCAAAUGUGCCUAUAAUCUCCUUCUAUAGGAUUAUACCUCCACCAUGCCCCUGCCUUGCAUGUGCAUUUUGACAGUGGCUGAUUUAAGAGUUAUGCGCCCUGGCUCGCGGAAAAACUUCUCCAAACACUACUUUGGUUCAGUGCUCUGCUCUUUCUGGGAGAUUUUGGGACUUGCAGAACUUUUUUGGUUAAUGUUUUGAUAUCUAUCAACACCAUUUUCAUAUUUUCUAACCUCUUUUGACCUCGAGUUGUUGGAGAAAANAA